AUCCAAGAGUUUAGCUCUUCAUAGUGUUCUCAUAAAAAAAAAUAAAAAAAAUAAAAAAAAUUUGCAGUUGACGGUUGAUCAAUAGUAGUGGAAAAGUAUGGUGCUUCAGACAAUUGAUCUUUUGAGGAAUGAGAUUCCUCUUGAGCAGGAGACUGUAAAUUUCUCUGAAGACGCUGUGAUUGGUCUUGUUCUUGUGGACAUCAUCAAUGGCUUCUGCACAGUUGGUGCUGGAAAUCUGGCUCCAAGAGAGCCGAAUAGGCAGGUAUCCGGGAUGAUCAGCGAGUCAGCAGCACUGGCGAGGCAGUUUUGCGAGAAAAAGCUGCCGGUCAUGGCUUUCCUUGAUUCUCACCAACCAAACAAACCUGAAGACCCUUAUCCUCCUCACUGCAUUGCUGGGACAGACGAGUCGAAUUUGGUUCCCGCUCUAAGAUGGCUAGAGAAAGAACAAAAUGUGAGAAUCAGACGCAAGGAGUGCUUUGAUGGAUACUUGGGUUCAAUUGAGGCUGACGGUUCAAAUGUUUUUGUGGACUGGGUGAAGCAAAACCAGAUCAAGACUUUAUUGGUUGUAGGGGUGUGCACGGACAUAUGUGUACUAGACUUUGUAUGCUCAACAUUAUCAGCAAGAAACCGUGGGUUUCUUAACCCUCUUGAGGACGUGGUGGUGUAUUCUCGUGCCUGCGCCACCUUUGACAUUCCUCUUGAGGUUGCCAGGACCACCAAAGGUGCUUUAGCUCAUCCCCAGGAAUUUAUGCAUCAUGUAGGGUUGUACAUGGCCAAAGAAAGGGGGGCCAAAAUAGCAAAUCAAGUGUCCUUUGUUGCAGCUGGAAAAAGCAUGAAUUUAUCGUGCUAAUAAUAUGUUAAUACCAAGCUAAACCACUAGUUAGUUAUGUUCUUUUUCUUUUUUCUUUUUUCUUUUUUCUUUUUUCUUUUUUUUUUGAGCUGAAUUAUGUCCCUUCAAGACUGUAAGGUGUGGUUUCUGUCGAAUGGUGGAUAUCAGUUGGCCUGAAUAAAGUAUUGUUAAGAACCACGUGCAUGGAGCUGAUGGGUCAUUCUACUACCGUGUAACACCAAUCUGUGAUAUAAAUAAAAAUUAAAGUGGAAAGCUUUUCUUAGAUAUGGAAUUGUACUAGGAUAGGUACUUGUGUCAUUUGCACUGCAAUUAGGAUGACACUAGU